UUGUUACUAAUGUACUCACUCUCACUAUAGCAUUUGUUCGGAUCAAAGUACAUUCCCUCCUCCACUUUUGAGAAGCAAUUGACGCCCUUGCAGCCACGCCCACUUCGUCGGUCCAUUACAGAAAGGAUCACAAUACCGACCCAAUUUCAGCAAAUGUGUUCACCUAAGUUUCAGCAGCAGGCUAGAUCAUCGUUGGAGUACUAACGGCGGCAAAAGAACGAUUAACUUCAGAACAGACUCGUGGCCAUCUGUGAGUGGUGCCCAUCAGCUCCAAUGGUCUGCCUUCCCCAAGCCCGCUGCAGAUGGUGGCGUUAUGUCGUCCCGUUCCUGUUUUUUGUUCAGUUCUUCCUGUGCCUGGGGCUUCUGUUCAACUACAGCAUUCUGUUUGUGAGUCUGCAAGACGAAUUCCAAUCCGGGGCAGCACUUACAGGAUGGUUGGGAUCUCUGUCCAUUGCUUUGCUGUGUCUCCUCAGCCCAAUCAGCAAUCUCCUCCACCCAAAGCUGAGCCGACGAGCGGUCGCCCUGGUUGGGAUGACCGUCUACUGCGCAGGACUGUUCUUGACGUCGUUGGUGCCCGCCCUGGGCUACGCCUUUGUGACGUAUGGAGUCCUGACGGGAGUGGGCGGUAACCUCGUUACCAGCGCUUGCGUAAGAAUGCUGCUGGACUGGUUUGCUACGGGAAACUAUUCCCGGGCUGCCGCCAUUGGUAUCAUGGGACCAACGUGUGGCAUGCUUAGCUUUAGCUAUUUGCUGACGGCUUCCAUCACCCAUUAUGGCUGGCGCGGGGCGCUGAGGGUAUUUAGCGGUGGAAUACUCGCGGUUGGCACACUGACUGGAUUGCUCUUCGCUGAACCGCCCACUGCUGAGGAUCAGAACGACAGCAUCAUUAAAGGCACCUCUCAAGACCAGAAAAACGGUGCCGACAAUGCAUUAGCGAUGCAGCAGAUACACAAUGGUGGCAUGGAAGAUAGUGGUGAAAGAGAAGUGCCGGCAGCUGACCCCAACUCUCAAGACGUCCACAAUGGCAACAAAGAUGAUGGGGAGGGUGAUAAUACAAACGUGAUAGAGGCGACAGAAGCAGAUGACACUAAUGCCCCACAGAAGGAACCCAUGCACGUGGACACUGCAAACUCCUAUGGAUUGCUGGCCAUGAUUAAGGACCCAGAACCAUGGCUUUGGACCAUUGGGAAACUUCUAGCUUAUCUGGGUCUGUCAUUUUUCAAUAUCAACUUCGCCAGUUUCUUGGAAGGGCUCCAUUUUGAUGUCAACCAGAUAGCCUCCUCCAUUGCGAUUUAUGCUAGCGGGGAACUCGGUGGCAAAGUCCUGAUGGCCGUGGUAGGUGACCAGCUGCCCUUCUCCUAUCUGUACGUGCUCGCCGGAUCGUGUAUUUUAAGCACCGUGACACUCGGCUUACUCUCUAUUGCUAAGACAUUUACAGCAAUAGCAGUCCUUGCUGUAGUUUCGGGCUUCUUGCGUGCUGGUGUGAAUGCUACGUCCCUGGUUGUCAGUACAGAAUUGUUCCAGCAGACUUACGGACCAAACGGCACCCUGACCCUGUACUUGUGUCCCAUAGGUGUUGGAACCCUAUUGGGUGGACUUCUAUCAGGCAUCUUGUACGACAUAUCGGGUGAUUACGUCCUCAGUCUGAUCGUCAUAGCCGCCAUCUUUCUUUGCGGCUCGGUGGCCUUGCUGGCCAUUCCACUACGCAGGAGGAUUCGAUCACGUGGUCUGUGUUCGCACGAAACACAUUCCAUCCAAGGAUAAAAUACACUAUCAAGGUCUAGCAAUUACCAGCAAAUAUGUGUCCUGUGUAAUUUAUAAUUCUCAAUUUUUAUUUAGGGGGAAUUUUGUUUGCAGAAUGAAACUUUGCAGUGACCUGAAAUCUGACGUACGGUCCAACCAUACAAAGUGAUUUUGGAAGUCACAAAGUCUACUUUCGGGAAACAGACCUUUAGGCCAAAAAAAAGUCUGCGGUUUCUGGUAUGGAGCUUUGCCAAAAAACGGUGGUGCGACAACACAGGGUUUUUUUCUCCUACUUUUUUUUGUCUUCAAACGUCGGCUGAUGUUGCAGAUGAAGCUUCGAUCCCCUUA